GGUGUGCAGCGUCAUGCUCAAGGUGCUGGUGGAGUUGGACAACGCUCAUCCCGAGCCCAUCACCUUCACCUGCGAGUCCCAGUCUCCAGUUGAGUUGCUGCUGAUUCAGAUCUUGUGCUUCCUGCACCCGGAUUUCUCACAAGUGGACGUGACAGAUUACCUCCUCAAGGUGCACGGGCUGGACGAGGUCUUGCAGAGCGAUCGACAGUUUGGCAGCCACAGCUACAUCCAGCACUGCCGGCGCUUCGACCUGGACGUGCGGCUGAAGCUGGCACGGCGCAGCGCUCUCAGGCAGGGGCUGGCUCGCACCGAAGAGGAUGAUGCUCGCCCUACCGUCUUGCGCAUCGACCAAGAACUUCACGAGUGUCCACAGAAGCGCUCGCUCACCAAGCAGGGGCUGUCAAUGCUCAUGGAUGUCUAUCACAGUGAGGUGGAGACGCUGCUGCUGCACGAGCAAUCGGGCAUUGGCGUGAGCACGGACCGCGUCAUCCAGGCCGCCAAGGCGCUGUGCUUGGCGCUGGAGAGCGUGGAGACGCCGGCCGUCACCAACGCCGUGUCGUCCCUGCGACACUUCGGCACGGCCGCCCCCCAGCAAGAGGGUGCCUUCCAAAGCCAGUGGGGCUCAGGCCUGCUUCCCGAUCAAUCGUGGGGCAUUUCAGGUUCCCUGCGCGCGCCGCUGGAGGCCCUGACGGCGUCGCUGCACCAGCUGAUUGAGCUGCACGGCGCCGCGUUCCGCACGCACGCGCAGGCGCGCCGCCCCACGCGCUACUCCUACCCGCUCACCGACGACCAGCUCCGCUUCUCGCUCUACGCAGCGCACAGAGUGCCGCCCGCCUGGAUCGGCAGCUACGAGCGCUACUACAUGGUGUGCACGCUGAACCACGGCAGCAGGCCCCUCUGCCGGCCGUGGAAGACGCAGAAGGUUUUGCUCGAGAAGAGCUUCUCGCACUACAUCCGCUGGAACGAGAUAGUCAAAUACCCGCUGUCAGUGGCCAGUGCCCCCCGAGAGAUAGUCCUCCGCCUGCAGCUGUACGGGGUCAUGGCGCUUCCAGCGGGCACCUCACAGGACGGCUACAAGCAGCAGGAGGAGGUCCUGGGAUGGGCCAGCAUGCCGCUCUUCAACUUUCGCGAUGUCCUCGCAAGCGGCAGCAAGCUGCUGGAGCUAUGCUCCGUGAACUCCAACGGGAUCGGAGGCGGAGGGAUAGCUGCCACCAUCAAAGACAACGUCAUCCUGCAGAUCGAUUUCCCCGAGUCGAAUUUUGACGUCACCUUCCUGACGCCCAAGCCGGAAUCCCGCACGCCGACGCUGAGGCCUGACGCGGUGGAAGACGCCACGCAGCAGAAACUCUCCACGCUCCUCGAUAAGCGCUUCCUAUUCGACCUGUCGGACAAUGACAAACGAGCGCUGUGGGACCUCCGUGCGCUAUGCCUGGGGAACUGCCCCCCCGGCGCGCUGCCCCUCGUGUUGGCCGGCUGCCCCAGCUGGGCGCACGCGCAGCUGCCCGAGACGUACGCGCUGCUGCGCGCGUGGCCGCCGCUGUCUCCCGUGCGCGCCCUGGAGCUGCUGCACGCGACGUUCCCGGACCAGGAAGUGCGCCGCCUCGCCGUGAGCUGGAUCGAGAACCUCUCGGACGACGAGCUCGCCGACUACCUGCCGCAGCUGCUGCAGGCCGUGAAGCACGAGUAUCACCUGGACAGCGCCCUCGUGCAGUUCCUCCUCGCCAGAGCCGUGAGCAGCGUCAACAUCGCCCACUACCUCUACUGGCUGCUGAAGGACACCCUGGACGACGAGCAGGCCGGCGAGCGCUACCAGCUGGUGCUCGGCGCGCUGCUCAGUUGCGUGGGGUGCCGCCUCUCCGCCCAGCUGGAGCGCCAGGCGCGCCUCGUCCACGAGCUGACGCACGUGGCCACGCGCGUGCGCGCUGCCACUCCCGGAGCCGCUCGCAAGGCCGCUCUGAGAGAGGGCCUGGCGGACGUGGAGAAGUUCUUCGAGCGGGAGGGCGAAUGUCGCCUCCCGCUUAACCCCAGCCAGGUGCUGACGGGACUCAACUUAAAGGCUUGCUGUUACUUCACAUCGAACACCACGCCUCUGUGUCUAAAGUUCCUGAACCGAGAUGCCCCCGGAGAUGACAUCAGCGUCAUGUUCAAGACGGGCGACGACCUGCGGCAAGACAUGCUGACGCUGCAGGUGAUGCGCGUCAUGGAGAGCGUGUGGCUGCAAGAGGGCCUUGACAUGCGCAUGGUCCGCUUCCGCUGCCUCUCCACGGGCAAGCAGCGAGGCAUGGUGGAGUUGGUGCCGGGAGCUGAGACGCUGCGCCGGAUCCAGGGAGAGCACGGAGUGACGGGAUCCUUCAAGGACACGCCGCUCGCCCUCUGGCUGCGCAAGCACAACCCCUCUGAGCAGCAGUACCAGCAGGCGGUGGAGAACUUCAUCUACUCGUGCGCCGGCUGCUGCGUGGCCACGUACGUGCUCGGCAUCUGCGACCGGCACAACGACAACAUCAUGCUGCGCACCACGGGGCACAUGUUCCACGUGGACUUCAGCAAGUUCCUGGGCCACGCGCAGAUGUUCGGAAACAUCAAACGGGACCGCACCCCGUUCGUGCUGACGGCCGACAUGGCGUACGUCAUCAACGGCGGUGACCGUCCCACCAGCAGCUUCCAGCAGUUCGUGGAGCUCUGUUGCCAGGCGUACAACGCCAUCCGCAAGCACGCGGGACUCCUCUUCAACCUCCUGGGCCUGAUGAUGACGUCGGGCAUCCCGGAGCUGUCCAACAUGGAGGGCCUCGUCUACGUGCGCGACGCACUCCGGCCCCAAGCCACCGAGGCAGAGGCCGCCGAGCUCUUCACGGGGCACAUCAAGCUGAGCCUCAGCAGCCUGGCCACGCGCAUGAACUUCUUCAUCCACAACCUGGCACAGCUGCGCGCUCCCGGCACCGGCACGCUGGGCUCGUCGCCGGACCGCGGCCGCCCCUCGCUCUCCAUCGUGACCCCGCGUGACCUCGCCAUCGCCGCCGCCUCGACCCAGGGCAGGGCCCUGCACGCUUGCGUCACGGGCUACAGCAAGCGCUACAACCCCGACAAGUAUUACCUCUUCUCGAUUCAGGUGAAGCGCGAAGGACACCCGGCGCCCAGCGUCAUCCACAGGACCUUCGGGGAGCUGCAGGAGCUGCACUCGAAGUUGUCUAUGCUCUUCCCCGCGCCAAAGUUGCCGCGGUUCCCAAACCGGCUCAUCCUCGGCCGGGUGAACACGCAGGAGGUGGCUGCUCGCCGGAAAAUCGACAUCAGCAACUACCUGGCAGCGCUCCUGCAGUACACCUCGCCAGAGGUGGCACAGUGUGAGCUGGUGGCGAUGUUUCUGAUGUCCCUCAUUCGAGACCAAAGUCAGUCGGACGCGGAGAGCUCGCCAUCGUCUCCAGAGGGCUUGCACGCGGUGCCGCUGGGCUCCGAGCCCGGCGGCGAGGUGGACAUCCGCAUCGUUCACCGCAACGGAAGCCUCUACGUCCUCGUGUUCGGCUGCCGCGGCCUGGUGUCUCCCGCAGGAUCCGACCUCUUCCCGUGCGUCAAGACGCUGCUGCUACCAGACCCCUACCUCGCCACCAAGCGCAAGACGCGCGUGCUGCACAGAACACCCAACCCCAAAUUCAACGAGAUGUUCCUGUACAGCAGCUACAGCCGGGAGGCGCUGGCGCAGCGAGCGCUGCAGAUCAGCGUGUGGAGCGUGGAGGGCAGCAAGCGCUCCGUCUUCCUCGGGGCGGCGAGCCAGCCCUUGGCCGACCUCGACCUGUCUCACGACAACUCGCUCGCGCUCACGCUCGGACCCGUGCUGGACUAGGCGCGCGUGUGCGUCGCACCGACGCGUUAUGCUUCGAACUCUCGCGCGCAUCCCCGGCGGGAGAGACGCCUCCCGUCCGUGAUCUACGGCGAAAAAGAAAACGGAACGAACGAGCGAAUGAGCGAACCGGAGCUGCGCUGCCGGAUCCGGGAGUGGCCCAGGAACAACCCGGGAAUGUUAACACGGGCCCCCACCCACCCUCCCCCCCCCUCUCACCAACAAGACCAUGCCCCCUUCCGGUUCCUGUUAUAAAAUAACGUAAUAUCUACUCGCAACGCACACGGUAUAUCGUUGGCUGUCCAAGAGAUGAAAUCAAAUCGGACCCUUCUUGCGUUUCACAUCCGCCUUCUUGAGAAUGCAGGGCUAUGGCUAAGCUCUCGGGCGCUCCGUGUCACGGACGCGGCCUGCGUUAGCUUAGCGGUGGCGGGAGCGCGGGCGGCGUUUUGCGACGUUUGGAUUUCCCGGCUGAGUAAUUGGCAGGAGCGUUUUCCAGGCUGGCAACACAUUCUCUCUCUUCCCUUCAUCCCUCUCUCUUCUUCGCUCUGUUCAGUUGUUUUUGUUGGUCCAUCUUGCGUCGUGUUACCCACCGUGCCAAUGCACCUCCCAUAUCUACGCAUGUUUCUGCGCAACCGCCAUCGAUGCGUAUCUAUUGUAGGCUAGUUAGGACGCGUUCAGCGAGCUUCCUAUAAACCUAAUAGCCCAGUAGUACACUGAAAUGCAGGCUCAUUUUAUAUCAGCUCUAGACUUGAACUCUCAGAGUUAUGCCUUAGAAUGUCGUGAUGUCAAUAUUGUCUAGUAAUAGGGUAUAUCCUAGUAAUGGUGUUAUAGUCUAGUAAUGGGGGUAUAGUCUGGUCAUGGGUAUAGUCUAGUAAUGGGGGUAUAGUCUGGCGAUGGGUAUAGUCUAGUAAUGGGGGUAUAGUCUGGUAAUGGGUAUAGUCUAGUAAUGGGGGUAUAGUAUGGUGAUGGGUAUAGUCUAGUAUUGGGGGUAUAGUCUGGUGAUGAGUCAGUGGUCUCGGUGCGGCUGUCGGUGAGUGUUAUGGAGGUGGCGUGGCUUGAAAAGGCGUAUUGAUUCUCGUUCGGGGAGAUCCUUUCAUGGUGCAGAAGUGAGCCUUGUUUUGAUGAACGAGUUGGCAAGAAAAGGUCAUCGCCAUGACCGUAUUUUCAUUAACGUCGGAGGCCGUGCGUGCGCCGGGUUGGGUUGCAACGAGACACGGCACUGGGGCGGACGAACGUUUAAUGGGGUGUUGGGGCCGGCGGUGGUCCUGUGCCCUCGGAAGUUCGUGCAACAAAAACGUUCAAGCUUUGCUUCCAUUCCCCGCCGUGGGGUCCGGACGUACAGACCCAAGUGCGCAACCCCAGAGAGACGUGUGCACGUUUGACGGACACGACGUUGACUUCACACACCCUCGCCCCCCUACGUAGCAACGUAGACUUAUCCGGGGGGCAGGUGCUGUUGGUGAGCGCCUGUUGAGGCACGGGACGCCGUACGAGAGGUGGCGGUGUGGCCGCCACCACGCCCGCCCGCCCGCU